AAUGAAAUUGUGCCAUUUUCCAAACCUCUUAAAAAUAAAUAUAAAGAGCAUUGCAGGGAAACCAUACAACAUGAGCAACGGUGGAAAGCAUCGGGGGGAAAACAAAAAUGAAUAAUAAUCACACUAUCAUGAUUGUUCUUACAGCAAGUUUGUUUUCGCACGUGUAUAGCUCUGGUGAAGUAACGCGUGCUACAGAGAGAGAAGGAGAGAGAAAGAGCGAGAGUUAAAGACGACAAGCUGCGAAGGAAAACAAUCGAAGCGAAACAAAACAGCGGAUAUCGAGCUAUCUGUUUAUUCAUCUUCCGGUGUUGUAUCUCGGCUCAGUCGACGCGAGUUUCCAGUUGUGUGUGCACGUGUGUUUGUGUCUAGAUUUGUUUCUCGCAGUGUAGCUGUGUGUGUGUCCCGCUUGCCUCCUGUGCGUGUGUACGCAAGUGUGUUGCGUGUCUCCCAGAAAGUAGAAGCAGAUCGAGAUCGAGAGAGAAAGAGAGUGCCGGAGAAGGUGGUGGUGGAGCGGAAGUGAGCGCGGAAAGGAAGGGAGGAAAUCUCCCGUUUUUCCACCCGCAACACCGGAACGGGACGAAGAGGAAAAUCAUGGAAACCAGCUACAACACGGCACCGAUCGGUGCUGGUAGCAGUGAAUUCGAUAUCAACAUGUUCGACCAGUACGUGUAUAAGACGUUUCACACGCCUUCGUUCGGGGACGACGAGUUCGAUAUACAGUCGAUGAACAACCACCUGCAGCAACCGCACCAGCAGCACCAGCAACACCAGCAGCAGCAGCAGCAACAACACCAUCACCAGCAGCACCAGCAGCACCAGCAGAGCCAGCAGCAAGCGCAGUACCAGAUGCACAGUAGCUCCCAGCAACAACCGAGCCAUAUGGUGGGAAUGCUGCAGGAUCAGCAGCAGCAGAGCUACGGCCAAUGGCACCAGGAUAUGAACCACCACAGCCCGUACACGCUACAGUCCCCCAAUCAGCCGACGUACCAUCAGCUGAACGCUAGUCCGAACAACAAUCCCACGCUGCACGUCAUGCAGCCGCCGCAGCAGUCGCCUUCGAUGGUUCCCCCAGCCCAGCAGCAGCAACAAUUGUCCCCGCAGCAGCAACAGCAGCAGCAGCAGCAUCUCGUGGCCGGAAAUGCGCUCAACUACAUCGGCCGCUCGCCGCCACAGAACGGCGGCGGCCAGGGGACGGAAAACGGAACCACCAGCGAUGACAGCGACGACACGAUUCCGGUAAGGCAGGCGAACGCCCUGAAGCGUCCUUCGUCGGAGCCGUCGUACGGGGAGGACGCGCUGGCGGGUGCCGGCAACAUGAAGGCGUCUGCCGCCGCCGCCAAGAAGCCGAAGGUGACGAAGAAGAAGAAAAAGCGGGAUCCCAACGAACCACAGAAACCCGUCUCGGCCUAUGCAUUGUUUUUCCGCGACACACAGGCAGCUAUUAAAGGCCAAAACCCGAACGCGUCGUUCGGAGAAGUUUCCAAAAUCGUGGCCUCCAUGUGGGACGUGCUGGCAUCGGAGCAUAAAAAUGUAUAUAAGAAGAAGACGGAGGCAGCUAAGAAGGACUACUUGAAAGCGCUGGCCGCCUACCGGGCGAGUUUAGUGUCAAAGGGCACCGAGGGCGAACAGCAGCAACAAUCACCGCAACAAUCAAUUUAUUCUCCGCCACCACAACCAACGAUCCAGCAGCAGCAAACUCAGCAGCAGCAGCAGCAGCAGCAGCAGCAGAAUCAGCAGCAGCACCAUCACCACACAGCAUCGCCGUCGCAGCAGCAGCAGCAGCAGCAGCAGCAUCAGCUCCAGCAGCAACAGCAGCAUCAACAUCCGCAGCAUCAGCAUCACCAGCAGCAGCAGCCGCAACAGAACAAUCAUCUGGUGAAUCACGCCAAGCACUCACCCCAGAACGGACCAUCCGUGGGGCAGGCCACCGGUAGCCACCUGCAGCAACUGCAAGGACAUCAGCAGCAGCAACACUCGAGCUAUGCCGCGUCGUACGCCUCGUCGUACAAAUCACCCCCGCAGGGUAUAAUGCAAAUGUCGCAUCAGCAUCAAAAUAUACAUCCCGGACAAGCCACAUCGCAACAGCAACACCAACAUCAGUCAACUGCUCCACACCUUCAUGGCCAACUAUUACCAAUAAACACGCAGCAGCACAUGAUGAACCACCAGCAACAGCAGCAGCAGCAGCAUCAGCAGCAGCAAUCGCAUAUGAGCAUGUCCCAGCAGCAUGCACUGAGCUCAUCGCACAAUGCGAACAUCGCACACCAGUCGAUGAUGAACUUGCCGAUGGCUCAGCAGCCGCAUUACAUGAAUCAGCAGAUGAAUCACAUACAGCUCCAGCAACAUCAGCAGCACCAGCAGCACCAACAGCAGCAACUCCAUCACCAGCAGCAGCAGCAGCAACAGCAGCGUCAGAUGCAGAUGCAGGGCGGUGGCAUGCACGCCCAACCGAUGGGCAUUCCUAGCGACCACAUGGGCAACCAACAGCAGCAGCAGUCAGUCCAGCAGCAUCAACAGCAGCAAAUGGCACCGCCAAUGCAGCAACAACAGCCGCAGCACAGCCAGCAACAGCUCCAGCACAACAAUCCUGGCAUGGCAACCAGCACGGCCUCAAUAUCGGACGAAAGCCCGGCGGCGGAACAGCAGGGGAUACAACCGGUGCAGUGCAUACGACAGGGCUGCACCAAUCUGGCCAUCAUCAACACUGACUGGGAGGAUGAGUAUUGCAGCAACGAGUGCGUCGUCUCACACUGUCGGGACGUGUUUGGAAGCUUCCAGAAGGACAGCACCCAGAACAACAACGCACAGCAACAAUCGCAGUCGUUUUCGGCGGUGAAAUAAGUCCUUCUCGUCUCAGCGAAUUGACUUGACGGCGAAGACAAAUAAAGGGCGGGGGUCGUCGCGCCUACCAAAGGCAAGAAGGUCACACACUUCUACCGCAAUCAAACGCCACGAAGACGGUCAUCCGAGCUACCGUAAACCGCUAAGAGAGUGUACUAAACCAUAGAUUACUAGCUAGCAAGCCCAAUAUUGACGUACGGAACACACAACGCGCAACCGAAAAAAAGACAGGGGCGUCGCAUCGAACGACCACACAUAGUAUCAUAGGCGAAGGCAAUAAGCUAGAGAGGGGAGGGGGGGGAGGGGGGGACACGAACAAGCUUACAAGUAUUCUACUUCCUUGCGCGAGACCUCACUCCGGCAGCCACCCCAGGCUGAACGAAAAAUUAUUGGAUGCAGUGAUGUACCAAAGUUGGUUUCGAAACUGUUUAUUUAUAAUAAUUCUGGGAAAGAUCUUUCGUACCAUUUUUUACGGCUCUUUCCUCACGUAACGUACGCAUGACGGUAUGCGUUCGAAUACAAAUAGUUUUUAUUCACAAUAAGGCGCAGUUUGUUUCCUGCGCACCCGUGGAAGGUAAUUACGUCUUUGCUUGUCCCCAACGGUGUACGUCACUGACCUCCCGAGUACAUGAUGCUAAUAGUCGUCUCCAGUGUGCGUGCUCCACAAACGCUACAUUUGCUAGGGCAUAAAUAUUCGUUUAUCGUUGAUUAUUACGACAAAAGCGGACGAAUCGCAACGGGAGCACUUACGGGGAGGGGGAGGGGAGUGUUACGGUCCAUAAGUUCAUCCCGAGUGAUCCUGUGCAAUAUUCCACUUCAAACUUCAUGCGGUAUUGAAUUGAAUGUAUAAGCAAUCAGAUAGUUUUUACAACAACAAACAAAAAAUUAUACGAAAAUUUCCCAUACCUCGACGGGAGGUUGAAAUCGAACGUUACAAAGGUGAUUUAGGCGAUGAACGAGAAUGUAAGUUCCUUUACUGUUGAGGGGGGUAGGGCGUAACAUAUACGGGGCUCCCAUGUUUAGCAGUUGUGCACUCGUUUCUAACUGUAUAAUAAUGAAAAUGGCGAUGAUGCGUGCAGCGAAUCACUUUUAGCCAAUAUAGAUAUAUACCUACACUAAAUUUCAAGUCCCGUUUAGAUUGCGUUCUUUACUGUUCUCUUAUUUCGUUGCUAACGGUUAUUGUGUUAUGUAAAAAUGAGUUGACGAUUGCGUACGUUUGCAAAAUUGCAGUAUCCGGCUAUGAAUUAAACAACGUCUAAGUUUUCGUGGAACCCAACUAAGUUAGUGAAUUUCGAACAGGAAAAAAACUCCCCUCUUAAAGACACCACUCCUUAUCGCUAAAUUAGUUUAACGAUUCGGUAUUUAAAAAUUAAAGAGGCACUCAACGUGUGCAACGUUAGGCUUUUUUCGUGUUAAUGUUCUCUGAAUUCAUUUUGCAGGUUGCAAAAUCGCAACCAGUUUGUUGUAAUAGCCAAAGGGGCUAUUCUUUUUCGUCUUUUCUGACCCGAAGUGCAUAGUGCCAGUUGGGAUUCGAAUCAACUACGAAUCGAAAGAAGUUAAAUAUAUUAUUUCCGUAACAUUUUAACUCGUUCGCAGUUAAAAACCAGCCAUAGUUUCUGCAAGCAAAGGGACUUUUGUUUUGUUUUCCGGGUGCUUUAUUCAUGGCCGGUACUGUACAAGAGCAAGAGGGUCCCGAUAACUUUGCCAUUCUUGUUGAUAGCAGCAGGGUAGUGGA